UCAUUGUGUAUAUGUAGAUUUGUUAUUAUUUUUUUUUUCUCUGGUUAUUGUUUUCCCGUUGAUUAUUAAUUAUCGUUCAAUCGUUUUCGGGUCCCGCCCUGUGAUCGAGCGCGCGCCACCGUCGAGUGUCGACGCGACAACACUACACGAACUACCGUCGCAGCAGCAGGUGCGAAGGAUUUGGAGUUUCGACACAACAACACAUUACUACUACUAUUAUUAUUAUUAUUAUCAUCAUCAUCAUCAUCAACAGCGCGACCUGCCUACAUACGUUACUCCUUAUUUAGAACUGGCCAUUUGAAGGCCUAAAGUUUCCUUAUAUUUUUUUUCUUCGUUUGUUUACAAUAAAUUCCACUGUGAGUGUUGUGAAGUCACUGUUGUCAUUUAUGUCACAGUGGUCUUUCGGCCCCCCAACCGUCAUCAACUAGUUACGAUUGUUGUCGGUACAACAACACUGAAUAACCCACAUUAUGAUAUACUAUACUGAAAUGCAUGAUUUAUGUUUAUUUCUGAAAAAACAAGUAAUAAAUAACAAAUAUCAUAGUAAUAUAUCAAGUUGAUAAUGAGUACUUGACACAAUGGAGAAUUUAUCACCAUUGAAUCAACCUAGUAAGCUAAUUCGACCACCAACAUUAAAACGUGGUCGAUCUGGCGAUUCACAAGGUGGCAAAAUUAAACUUGAAAGGGUUAUUGGGUUGACUGUGUCAACAAACUCAUCAUUAGAUGUUGAUAAGAAUACUGGAACCAUUGCUUAUCCAGCUGGAUGUACUGUGGUAUUCCACAAUCCAGUUUUAGGUACCGAAACACAUUUGUCUAACAUCUGUAGAAAGUCAAUAACAUGUUUAACAUUUUCAUCUGAUGGAAGAUAUCUUGGUACUGGAGAAUGUGGUCAUCAGUCAAAUGUUAGGGUUUGGGACAUGGCAGAUUUUACCCAAAUAGCUGAAUUCCCAGGUCAUAAAUAUGGAAUAAAUUGUGUGGCUUUUUCUCCCAACCAAAAAUAUUUAGUUUCUGUAGGAUCACAACAUGACAUGAUUGUGAAUGUUUGGGAAUGGAAAUUAAAUUUAAAAUAUGCAUCUAACAAAGUGUCUGCUAAAAUUAAAGCUAUUGCCUUCUCUGAUAAUGGUAACUUUAUAACAAUUGGCAAUAGACAUGUAAAAUUUUGGUAUUUACAGUCUUCUAGAUCAGUUACAUACAAAGAACCAGUACCAUUAAUGGGUCGGUCAGCCAUUUUAGGAGAACAACGAAAUAAUGAUUUUAUUGAUGUUUGUUGUGGACAUGGUGAACUAAAAGAUUACACCUAUGCAAUAACAAAAUCUGGAUUAUUGUGUGAAUUUAAUAAUCGUAGAUUAUUAGAUAGAUGGGUUGAAUUAAAAACUACUAGUGCCAACUGUAUGGCCAUUGGUAAUCAGUUUAUCUUCGUUGGAUGUGCUGAAGGUAUUGUAAGGUGUUUCAAUCCAGGAACUCUUCAAUUUGUAACUACCUUACCACGAACUCAUUAUUUGGGUGUCGAUGUAGCUCAAGGACAUGAUAUUAGUCAUAUGGCCAAUAUACCACCAAAUGCGAAGUAUCCUGAUGCUAUAGCACUUGCUUAUGAUGAAACUAAUAUGAAGGUCACCUGUGUUUACAAUGAUCACAGUUUAUAUGUAUGGGAUGUGAAAGAUAUUAAAAGGGUUGGAAAAUCCAAUUCCUUUCUAUUUCAUUCGGCGUGUAUUUGGGGAGUAGAGAUGUAUCCUGCAUUAGACCAAGAUUUACAAAUUCCAAAAAAUUCAUUUAUAACAUGCUCAAGUGAUGAUACCAUUAGAGUUUGGAACCUAGACAGAAUAGAAUAUGAUAGAAAAUCUCUUUAUCAAAAAAAUAUCUACAGUAAUGAACUUCUUAAAAUAAUUUACAUUGAUCCAGAACUAAAUUUUAUUAAGAAUACAGAGUUAAACUUAGUUGAUAAAAAUGACUCAUCAUCAUACGAUGGCAGGAAUGGUGUUCGAGCAAUACGAAUUAGUCCUGAUGGUGUACAUCUUGCAUCUGGUGAUCGAUCUGGUAACAUAAGGGUUCAUGAUUUGAAGACUUUACGACAAGUUUGUUUAAUUGAAGCUCACGAUGCUGAGGUGUUGUAUUUAGAUUAUACUAAGUACAAUGAUAAGAUCAAGUUAUUUGCUUCAGCUUCAAGAGAUAGAUUGAUACAUGUAUUUAAUGUGAAUAAAGGAUAUGAUUUUACGCAAACAUUAGAUGAUCAUUCAUCAUCAAUAACAGCUGUUCGGUUUAUAAAUUCUCACAAUAAACUUCAAAUGGUUUCUUGUGGAGCAGACAAAUCAAUUAUAUUUCGAAAUUACAAUGAGUCAGGUGAUAAGAACCAAGAUAGUUUUGUACAUGAUCAUUAUGUAUCAGGAAAAACCACAUUUUAUGAUAUGGAAGUAGACCCUAAACAGAAACAUAUUAUGACUGCAUGUCAAGAUCGUAAUAUUAGAGUAUACAAUACAACGUCUGGGAAACAUACAAAAACAUUUAAAGGAUCUGUUGGAGAUGAAGGCUCACUUAUCAAAGUAGUAUUAGACAGAAGUGGAUCAUUCAUAGCUACUAGUUGCACUGACAAAACAUUGUGUGUAUAUGAUUUUGUCGCAGGAGAAUGUUUGGCUACUAUGUAUGGACAUUCAGAACUAGUUACUGGAUUAAGGUUUACUAAUGAUAGUAAACAUUUAAUAUCAGCUAGUGGAGAUGGUUGCAUAUUUGUUUGGCGAAUGCCAUCUGACAUGAUUAAACAUGCUAAUUCUAAUAAGAAACAAAUAACUAAAAUUGAAAGACCUGUUCCAGUGUCAAUUAUUGAAAAUGAAAGUAUGUCAUUUACACAUAAAAUAGUUGAAGAAAAUGAGACAAAUACAUUUAGUAUUCCUGCAGAUGGCCAAUUACCAUUAUGGGCUAAAAAUCAGGUCUCUGAUGAUAUUCCAACAAAUACACUGUUAAAUAAUUCUCAAAAUCAAAUAAACGCCCCCAAAGGACAAUGGGCUCAGAGAGCAACUAGUUCAUCAGAACCUAGUAGUAUUUUGCAACUACCUAUUAAUAAAGAUGAUUCUGAUUGUUUUAAAGAUGAUAGUUCUGUAGAUAGUGGUACUGAAACUAGCAGAUCAAUUUAUCCCGAAAGUCAAAAAGAGUCAUUAAUAGUACCAAAGAAGACAAUGCGUAUGCCUCCAGUAUUUGUUCCACGUGAUUUUGAGGAAAAUACUUUAACUCAUUUAACAUCUGAAAAAACAAAUUCACAAACCAUCUCAGAUAUUCAGCGUAUUCGUAAUUUAACUGAUGACAGUUCAUUAGGCAGCUUUAAAAAUGAGGAAUUAGAAAGUAACGAUCAUGAUGGUGACAUUGAAGAUUCUGAAGGUGAAUGGAUUGGUAAUGAAAAAAUUAAAAAUACUGUUUUGUAUUACCCAUCAAAUAACGAUGAUCUUGUCAAUGAUUAUACAAUUACAAAGUUAGAUUCUGAUGCUCUUAGAAUGUCUCAAAGAAAAUUAAAAGCUAUUAAACAAAAAGAUCGUUUAUUAUCAUCUGGGCUCACUGAUUUAUCUAGUCAUUCAAUGUCUGGCAGUCAAGGAAGUGAUGAAGAUGAUGAUGAUACUUCAACUCCAAGUGUUGACCACUCAGACAAAAAUUUAACAAUAUUUUCAACUAGUACUGAAAGAUUAGACAUGAUUGAAAAACGUGAACAAUUCUUAAAGAAUACUUUUGAAUCACUUGGAGGAACUGAAACCGAUUUUCAAGACAACAAAUAUCAUUUCCCAAGUAAAAGAAGUAUAUCUUCACAGUACAAAGGAAAUAAUAACGGCUCUACAAUACAACAGAAUACAAAUAUUGAAUCUCAGAGUAAAAGAGAAGAACUUCAGCAAAGAAUUGAAGAAACUCGAAGAACUUUGCAAAACUUGGGAGUUCAUUCCAAUUUAAAAGCUAGUCAAAGUAUAUGUGAUUUAAGUAGAAAUUAUGGAAAAUCCCCAUCGAAAUUACCAGUUCGUAACCAUUUAUCAGUUGAUAAACAAAUAAACGGAGGUGGGACUAUACGCAGAGUAUGUUCUUUGAUAGAUUUGUCUACAAGUACACCAAUAAAAGAUUGCCAACCAUAUAAUGCAUUUAAUGGAGGUGGUUCAGAUAAUUCAAAAACAAAUUCUAAAAGUUUUUCAAAGAAAACAGGUAUCAGUAAUAUGCAUAGAAGUAGUUCUGUCAGUGUAUUGGACCAGAGUGAUUCUGAGAGCGAUGCCAGUCAAUCUACUACCGGUGGAAAGAAAAACACAACAGCUGUACGAGUCAUGAGACCAACAAUAUCAUCACAAAAUAAAAUUAUCAUGAAUAAAUCAAAUCUUUUACGUCGAAGAAGCACAAUUUCUUCACAAUCUACAACUGCUCUAAAUAUUAUUGGACAUAAUGAAGAUUCUAGUUCAGAAGAAUUUUUCACAUCUUUACAUAAUAAUAAAACAAAUCAAACCAUGCAUUCCAGAAUAAAUUCUAUUGUACCUAGUCGUAACAAUUCUUCAUUAACUAGAAGUGUGAGUGAAAUGAAUUUAAAGAGUCCGUCAAGUAAACCAUUUGAAAAGUCUAGAAAUCGCAGUAAUGAUUUAACUAUGAAAACAAAAAACAGUGGAACAAUAGGCCAACAAAAAAACUUAAAGAAUUAUUUAUCUUUGAUGGCUGAUCAACUGUUUCAAACUACUGACAAAAUUUUGGAACAUACAAAUUGUGUCAAUGUCAGUGAUAGACGUAUAACGAAAGCAGAUGUUACUGAUGUAAUGAUAAAACUAGAACAAAUUGUCAACAGUGGCGGUAUGUUUGGUCAUCAAAAUUCAAGAGUAGCACUCAAUAGUACUCAACAAUAUUUAGAUGUUCUUAUUGAUUUGAUAAAAAAACGUUUAUCACUUGAAGUCAUUUAAAUCACCAAUUGUAAAAUAUUUGCAAACUUUAUUUCUCUUGUUUGCUAUACUAAAGUUUUAAUAUCUUUUAAAAAAACGGCCAUCUAAUAACUAACAUUAUAUUGUCAUACGUAAUAAUUUUAACGAUAAUUAAAUUGUUAGGUGUAUAAAUGCCCAUUUGAGGAUAUGUAUUAUUAUGCAAGAAUAUUAAUUGAAUUAUUUUAAAAUGAAACAAUGGCUCUCUAAGUUUUCUUAUUGUUUUUGUUUCAUUUUUUUGUUUAAAUGAUGGAAUGAUAGACCAUUAAUAUUUUAAUAUAUCAUUAAAUAACUUAACAAUAAAUUAGGUCAUUUAAAAAAUGUUAGUCUUUAUUUUUCUUCGGAAAUAUUAGAACGUUUUACCAAAGAAAAACAUAGAAAUGAUUUUUCCCAUUUUAUUAUUGUUUGACUAGUUUUAUUAGCUCGAGUUCCUGAUUGUUCUUUAUCUAUAUCAGUCGGUAUUUGUGAUUUACACGGGGUUUUGAAUACUUUUUUUUGUAGAUAACAUGUUAUUUUAAUUGUUUACAUCAAAGUCCAUCGGUGUAAAUGGUUAGAUGUCAUCCGAACUAGCUACGAUCAAACUGUACAACAUAUAUUUUUAUAAUAUCAUAGCUAUUAAACCUAACCUUAUGGGAACUAAUAGACUAAUUUAUAUAAUCCGUCCAAAUUCAUAUAUUUAUAUAUAUAUAUAUGAUGUGUCUCUUUCGAAGGUUUACUAAUUUAUAGUUGUUUAGUGAUGACACUUACAUUACCCCUCACCAAUCUUCAUGGACACUAUGUGUAAUGAAUUAUAAUCCUGUAAUAAUUUAUGUUAUACUAGAAUAAUUGUAUUGUUGUUAAAUAGUUUAGUUAAGUCAAAACUGUACGUUUAUUUUUAAAAUUAUAUUCUUGUCUUGUUAACCUUUUUUUCUUUUGUUAUUUAGAUAAUUAUAUUAGUUUAAUAAUUUUAUGUUUCUUUUCCAAUUCUAAACGUAUUAAUUCUAAAUGUAUUACAGACUACAGUAUUACAAUAUAUGUGCCUUUUAUUACAGUAUAUUACUAGUCAUGUUAAGUAAUAAGGUUUAGUUAAGAUAAUUAAUGCAAUAUAUGCAAGUACUUAACCUUCCAUUUAUGUAUUAGUUAUUGUUAAUGAUGAAAAAAUAAUGAGAAAUUGGAUAUAUUUUGUUUA